AUGAAGACCUUCCCUGAAAGCAGCUUCUUCCAGGUGGGUCGGGCCCCCGCGCUUCCAUCACCAGGCGAGGUACGAGACCUCAACCUGAAGACUGGAAAUGUUGCCGCCACAAGCCUCAACUAUCCUCCGUCAGUUGUAAUCCCAUCAUUAGGAUUAGUCGUCAAGUAUGGUCUCAGUGUGAGCAUAGUCGAGGCCCAGACGCAAAUCAUGCUGCGCGAAGAAUUCCAUGGCCGAAUCCCUAUCCCCGAGAUCUUUGGCUGGACCGAAGAUGAUGGACAGACGUUCAUAUAUAUGUCAUUGAUAGAAGGUGAUACUUUAGCAGAUCGAUGGGGUGGUUUAAGUGAUGGCGAGAAACGGGCUAUCUGUGAGGAACUUCAUCGGUUUGUUGAGCUGUUGCGGACUUUGGAACAAGAUCCCCGGGAUAAAUAUGUUGGCAACCUAGACAAGAACCCACUGACGGACAUCUAUGUUAUAGACCGUCCGGAACUGGUUGGUCCGUUUCAGGGCGAAGAUGCUGUCAAGCAACUCCAGGAUGCUUGCGAGAUUGAAAUUGAUGAUGAUAUAGUAUCGCCCAUCGUGUUCACGCAUAAUGACCUGCUUCCGCCUAAUAUCAUGAUAACUCCGGGUCCAGAUCCCAAAGUGGCUGCCCUUGUUGACUGGGCACAGUCUGGGUGGUAUCCUGCAUACUGGGAAUAUUGCAAGUGCCGGAAAGUACAAAUGAAUGCGGAGUGGUUCUGCAAGGAGUUUCAAGAUGAAUGGAGGAAUGUGUACCUCCUAUUGAUACUGGACCCUGUGGACGAUGAGACAGUUUAUUAUCCUUGGGUUUAUUUUGUGAUGACUAAAGGGAUGUAA